GGAAGGAGGGCUGGUGACACAGGACUGGCACAGUGAGAGAGACGCACAUUGGACUUUGUGCUGGAGGAGAAGGACGCGCGCUGCUCCUGUCCUUCACUCCGCACUUUCCAAACACUGUGGGGAAAACAAAGAAGCCAGGAUGUAGAAUCAGUUCAGAGGACGUCUUCACAUCCUGCUGCUACACACCGUCUCUCCUGAGUCCCGUGGAGCCAGAGGUUGGUUCAUUCUGCUCCAUCGCCCGCGUUUUUGGCGCUCUGCUCCGGUGCCGGAGUCUGACGAGCGAGCGACCGACCGAGGAGGAGGAGAGGUGCUGCUCGCUGCUUCAUCCCGCUGGAUGGAUCCGAGCUCUGCUCCUCUCACAUCUCACUGAGGACUCGCUUCUUCAAACUCUCCCGUUUCUGUUUGGCUGAGCUGGGAUUGUUUUCCCUCCUCCACUUAUAUCGAUGCCAGUUGUUUUUGAGGAGAGUCGAGUGUGAAGGUGAGGAGGACUGUUUAGAAGACUCUGCUUCACAAUGGCGACAGGAGUAGCAGCGUGGCUCCCUUUUGCCAGGGCAGCAGCCAUUGGCUGGAUGCCUGUUGCCAACUGCCCCAUGCCUGUUGCCCCGAGAGACAAUAGUAAGAGACAGGACGAGCUGAUCAUCCUCAAUGUCAGCGGCCGUCGUUUUCAGACCUGGAGAACCACUCUGGACCGUUACCCAGACACCCUGCUGGGCAGCUCUGAGAAAGACUUCUUUUACAACGAAGAAACCAAGGAGUACUUCUUCGACCGGGACCCGGACGCCUUCAGAAGCAUCCUCAACUUCUACCGGACGGGAAAGCUCCACUACCCCCGCCACGAGUGCAUCUCAGCCUACGAUGAGGAGCUCACCUUCUUCGGCAUCAUCCCAGAGAUCAUCGGUGACUGUUGCUACGAAGAGUACAAGGACAGGAAGAGGGAGAAUUUAGAGAGGCUGCAGGAUGAUCAGGAGGAGAACAAAGACAUGAAGAUGCCCAACAUGAACUUCAGGGAGACCAUGUGGCGAGCCUUUGAGAACCCCCACACCUCCACCAUGGCCCUAGUCUUCUACUACGUCACCGGUUUCUUCAUCGCCAUCUCAGUCAUCACUAAUGUGGUGGAGACGGUGCCAUGUGGUUCCACCGCCAACCAGAAAGACAUGCCGUGCGGUGAACGCUACACCGUGGCGUUCUUUUGCAUGGACACCGCCUGCGUCAUGAUAUUCACGGUGGAGUACCUGAUGCGCUUGUUCGCGGCGCCUAGCCGUUACCGGUUCAUGCGCUCGGUGAUGAGCAUCAUCGACGUGGUGGCCAUCUUGCCGUACUACAUCGGCCUGGUGAUGACCAACAACGAAGACGUGAGCGGCGCCUUCGUGACGCUGAGGGUGUUUCGAGUGUUUCGCAUCUUCAAGUUCUCCCGUCACUCGCAGGGCCUUCGGAUCCUGGGUUAUACGCUGAAGAGCUGCGCCUCGGAGCUCGGCUUCCUGCUCUUCUCUCUCACCAUGGCCAUCAUCAUCUUCGCCACGGUCAUGUUCUACGCAGAGAAGGGCUCCAGCUCCAGCAAGUUCACCAGCAUCCCAGCUUCUUUCUGGUACACCAUUGUCACCAUGACGACGCUGGGGUACGGAGACAUGGUGCCAAAGACGAUCGCCGGAAAGAUCUUCGGCUCCAUCUGCUCCCUGAGCGGCGUGCUGGUGAUCGCCCUGCCCGUCCCCGUCAUCGUCUCCAACUUCAGCCGCAUCUACCACCAGAACCAGAGAGCGGACAAACGCCGCGCUCAAAAGAAAGCCAGACUGGCCAGGAUAAGAAUAGCCAAGUCCGGCAGCGCCAACGCCUUCCUCCAGAGCAAACGCAACGGACUGCUCAACGAACUGCUAGAGCUGACGGGCACAGAGGAGGAUGAGCAGAAGCUGACAAAGUCUACCUCUCUGUUAGAGAGCCAACACCACCACCUGCUGCACUGUCUGGAGAAGACCACUGCUCAUGAGUUUGUGGACGAGCAGAUGUACGAGCAGAACUGUUUAGAGACGGCGCUGCAGACCUACCCCUCACGCAGCCCCUCUAUAUCCAGCCACGACAGCUCAGUGGGAACGUGCUGUGGCCGCAGGGUAAAGAGAAACACUCCUCUGCCCAACGCCAGCACGCCCUCCGCCCAUCCCAUCCCGACACACCAGGGCCCCCUGCAGGAGCUCAGUGCCAUCCACAUACAGUGUGGUGACCCACCAUCACACAGCACCAGUCGUUCAAACCUCAACCUGAAAACCGACGACAGCGGGAGGAUCAACUGCAAAGGUGGCCGAAUCACCACAGCAAUCAUCAGCCUCCCGACGCCCCCCGCUCUGACCCCUGACGGCGAUGGCCUCCACGGGCCGCCGCAGAGGAGGCCGCCCCCACCCCCGGGUCACCCCGCAGUCCCGAGCAUCCAGACCACAACAAGCUCAGCUGGCACCAACAUCGUCAAAGUCUCUGCUCUGUGACUGUCCGGCUGACGGACGUAACUCAGCGUAUCAGGGGGAAAGUAAAGGAGGAGGAGGAGGAAGAAGCAGGUUUCACUACAACGUUGGACGCACUGUGUCCUGUCACACAGCACUGUGCUCCAGACGGAGUGACCGGCUGAUGUUUGAGAGAAGACAAACGAUGAGGAGACGUUACUGAGGUAGAGGAUUGUAGAUAUGUGAACCAAGAAUCAUGCACUCGUCCUGUUGUGUACGUACUGUAGAUACGGACAGAAUCGCUGCAUUUCUAAUAGUUUCUAACAGCAGUACCAAUGUUUUACAGCAAGUACUGUGAAAAAGAUUGAAAGACAUUGUGCAAUUAGCAUAUCUGUACAUGAGCAGAUGCUGUCAACGUACCACAAAUUCACAGUAAAUUUAAAGUGAAUUCACAGUGAAAUAGUGAAAAGGGGUAUUUGACUUUAAAUGUGUUUGAUGAAAGACAAAGAAAAGUGUUGACUGUGUUAACUUGAAUUUGAUUGGUCUUGUUCGUGCUCUGUGUUGCUUAAGUAUUUUUAGGAAGAACUGAAAUUGAAAACGGUUUGUUUUCUUCACAGCAUCGUUUGAAAAGUCAUGUUACCCGAUGCUAAUAUCUCAUCACUGAACUGUUUGACGUGUCUGAGUCGAGGAGCGUGUUUUUGUUAAUCUGUUUUUUUGUUUGUUUGUUUGGUUGGUUGGUUGGUUGGUUUUUUUGGAAACUGUAUCUGUUCAUCACGUCAAAGACUCAAACCAAACUGUGCUGUUUAGUUCCUUCAGGUUUAAAUUUCUGCCUGGAGCCUGACUGCAGGGAGUGAGGCUGACCUGACACUGUCUUUAUGACACUGAAGAGAAACGAGACGGUGGUUCUCAACCUGAUGGUCAAAACCCCUGAAAUGACCACAACAUGACUGUCAAGUGAAGGUUUGAUUUUUCAUUUAAGGAUAAAGCUGACGUUAGUCUAUAACGUGUCAGGAGGCUGAGAAGGAAAAUGAAAUACAGAGAUGAAAAUGUGUCUUGAACAUAUGUGGGUGGAGGUAAGGUUGAGCACCACUGUGACAUCAAACAGCCAUGUGAACCAAUACAUGUUCAGUUCAUGUUUUUGAACCUAAAAAAGAAAUUAAACACCUACACUGAUUAUUUGUAGGGUUUAAAAUAGAGGGAAAGUGAUUAAAUUUCUAAAUAUGGAAAUCGUUUUGAGUUAAAGUCUUGACUGAAAAAUCAUUUUUUCUCUUUCUUGCCUUUUUACCUUUAGAUAAGCUUUAACCAAGCAGUAAAACAAACUGUGCUGUCUGAGCUGUUUCUGAGCUGUUUGAGUUAUAAUACAGAUCCUCUGGUUUUUCCUUUGGUGCCCAAGUUUAUUGCCUUUGUGUCUAAAGUUAAACUGAUUGUCAAUGAAAAUAUAUUUCACCACUGACUGCAGUGGUUGCAUGAGGUUUUAAAUUUGAAAUCAUUUUGAGCUUUUUGUAUAAAUAAUUAAAUGUAUUUCACAACUUUAAAAUUACAUUUGUAAAGAAUUUUGAAAGUGUACACAAGUACCAGUAAAAAAAAAGUUUGACAAAACAAUUUCAAAUCAAGGUCCACUUACUGCCUUUCUCCAGAGCUUUCAACCACAUAACAUCAGUUUUGCUUCACAUUUGCCACAAUUAGCAGCAGGUUUGUAACUUGUAAACCAAGAAGUCCUAAACAAUCUGAUGAUAAACAGCUACUGUCUCCAUGACAACUGAGCAAAUUCCAAAGAAUGAAAUGUGUGGCCAAUGAGAUGAGAUUAUUUUGUCAAAGUUGUAUUUUCUAGGGUUAUUAAUAAAUUGCUCAAGAACAGUCUAAUAAUAAGAAACUCUAUCAUGAAUAUUUCUACUAAUAAUCUCAGCAAUGUUCACUAGAUGGCAGCAAAGAUUGUGAAAAUGAACUGAACCCUGGUCUGGUUUAUGGCCUUACUCCUGUGUGAAGAUAUUAUUGAAACGCCUCCUGCUAACACACUGUCGCUCAUUUGACGUUGAUAGACGCCUGGUGUUUGGAAUAGUUUGUGACUACUUGCCAAGUGUGGUAUGGUUCUGUGUAUCAAAUAAACAAUGUGUUUAUUUGUCCUUUGGUUUUUUGUUAGUUUUGCUUAAGUGAAAGCUCUGAUUUUCCUUCCUGUGUUCUUGGAUCAUGAAAGUGAAGUUGUUUUUUGCUCUAUCGGUAUACUUUGUGUUGCGUUUCUGUAAUUUGUCAUGUUUUAAAACCGAGGUGAAAGUAUUGUGCCAAAAUGGUCAUAAUUCCAUCCUCUGUGAGAACAACAAAGAAGUAGUACUUUCUAUGCUGCUAUAUAAAAAAAUGACAAACCCUUUAGAUAAUUUUUCUUCUCACUGUUAUUGCUGAAAAUAACGAGCGUCUGCUCAGUCGUGUUGUUCAUAACUUGGAUCUUGGUUACCACUGAAACAGUAUCUACACAUUAGGGCUUUGUGCAGUAUCAUAGAUCACCAUCAUGCUUCAACAGUCUUUUAGAGGAAGCACUUCUCUCACACCGGGACGACUACUGUACGAUGAUUACUUAUCAUUAAACGAUGGACUAGAGUUCAAAGGCACUGUAGGGGGCCACUUUUUUAAAAAGUCUUGGCAUCGCUGUUUGUGUUGUUUCUUAUCUUUUUAUCCUUUUGAACUGAGCUUUUCUGUCUGUUUGCUGUGUACGCGGUAUUCUGUCCAGUUUGUUUGUUUCAACACUAUUAAGUGUCAGAUGAAAAUUAAAAUCUGCCACAGAGAA